AUGUUCGCCUCCCGUGCCCAGCCUGUCGCGCAGACACUCAGCGCCGGUAUCCAGACCCGUAACAUGGGUACCCUCAGAGAGAUCCAGAUGCGCCUGAACGCUAUCAGGAACAUUGGAAAGAUCACAAAGUCGAUGAAGAUGAUUGCCUCGACCAAGGUCGCCAAGGCUCAGCGUGCUAUGGAGACUGCCCGCGCCUACGGUUCCACCUCUGCCAGCAUCUACAAGAACGCCAACACUGCCCCUCUCGAGAAUGAGGACAAGGUCUACAUCGUCUCUUCCUCUGACCGUGGUCUUUGCGGUGGUAUCCACUCCUCCGUUGCCAAGGCUACCCGCCGCUUGAUCGCUGUUGACGGCCCUUCGUCUGGCGUCAUUGUCUUGGGUGACAAGGCCAAGAACCAGAUGUCCCGUUCUCACCGCAGUGACAUCCAGAUGUCCUUCAACCAGAUCGGAAAGGCCAUCCCCACCUUCGCUGAGGCCAGCGCUGCUGCCGACACCAUCAAGUCCUCCGGCAUCAAGUUCGACACUGCCACCAUCAUCUACAACGAGUUCACCUCUGCCAUCGCCUAUGAGGCCAAACCCAUCAACGUCUACUCUUCCGAGGCUUUGAAGGCUGCCGAUGCCUUCGCUGCCUACGAGAUCGAUGAUGAUGUUUUGGAGAACUACCACGAGUUCUUGUUCGCCAACAACAUCUACUGGGGUCUUGUCGAGGGUCACGCCUCGGAAAUGUCUGCCAAGCGCACUGCCAUGGAGAACGCCACCAAGAACGCUGGAGAGAUGGUCGACCGCUUGACCAUGACCUAUAACCGUUCUCGCCAGGCCGCCAUUACCUCCGAGUUGGUUGACAUUAUUACUGGUGCCUCUGCUCUGUAA